AAGUUUGUUAAAAAAUACAUAUUUUAGCCGGUGGCUGACAGCGCCUGUCAGUCCGCACUCAGGAAUAAAUCCCCAUCACGACCACUUGAGGGCUUCACCUCCCUGGCAGUCAACGAUCAGGAACAGAAUCCUGCCAUCGGUUGAUUCCUUCUAAGUUCAGCCGCUCGGUGGUUCUGGUAAAAAAAACAAAAAAAAACCGAGCGGCUAAGCCUCGUCGGGCAGCCGAAAGAGAGGCUCUUUUGUCGAAUGUACAUAAGGAGAGAAGGUGGCGUAUUUGUGCCAUGUCUGAACAGCGGCUCCUCGCGUGAAGCUGCAGCCGCAGCACGUCAUCAAGAAGAAGAUGAACGACUUCGAAACGCCAGCCUUUGCCUCCGUCAUCUUCGGCUCCUCCAACAGCAACGGCCAUGACGUUUCUGAUGCUAAAGCUAAGUCCAGUGCCAAAGCGGUGUAUGAUGAAGUCUACUUCCUGCACUCGUCUUCCAAACAGAAAAAGAAAAGCCAAAAACCAAGACAAGUCUGGACCACAACCAGCAUCAACAGUCUGACGGACACGUCUCAGUACCAUGUGGAGCACCUGAGCACCUUCGUGUUAGACCGCAAAGACGGGAUAAUUACGGUCGAGGACGGCGUGCGCCGUCUACGUCUGCUGGACGCCAAAGGAAAGAUCUGGACGCAGGAGAUGAUGCUGCAGGUGGACGAGAAGAGCAUCACCCUGGUGGACCACGAGAGCAAGAGCGAGCUGGAGAACUUCCCCUUGGGCUCGGUGCAGCACUGCCAGGCCGUCGUCAAUGCUUGCAGCUACGACUCUAUCCUGGCGCUUGUGUGUAAGGACUCCGGUCAGAACAAGGCCGACCUGCACCUGUUCCAAUGCGAUCACAUCAAGGCCAACCUGAUCCAUGCCGACAUCGAGAGCGCCGUGAUGGACGCCAAAGGAGGCAAAGUCAAGAAACGACCCGAUGUGCUUAAGAUGAUCCUGAAGAGUGAUGGAGAUAUCCCGCCGCCUCCCGCCGCUCCCGCCCCAGAACCUCCAGCAGACCAGUCUGAUUGGCCGCAAGACGGUGACCGACGGAGAAUGUCGGCAGACGACAACAAACCUGUUGACGUGACGGCGGCCAUUGUGGACCGAGACGUGCAAAUCCUCAACCACAUCCUGGACGACAUUGAGUUGUUCAUCACCAAACUCCAAAAAGCGGCUGAGGCGUUGAGCGAGCUGUCCAAGAGGAAAAAGGCCAAGAAGGGAAAGAAGAAAAGUCCAGGAGAGGGCGUCCUGACGCUGCGCUCCAGGCCGCCUGGUGAGGAAGACUUUGUGGACUGUCUGCAGAAGUUCAAGCAUGCAUUCAACCAACUGGGAAAACUCAGAGUUCACAUCCAGAACCCGAGCGCUGACGAGCUCCUUCACUUCCUGUUUACGCCUCUCAGGAUGGUGAUCCAGGCAUCUGGCGGCGUGGAUCUGGCCCGCAGCGUCGUGGUUCCGCUGCUCAGCAGAGAUGCCAUCGACUUCCUACACACCUCGGGGACGGCGGAGGAGCGCCACCUAUGGGUGACACUGGGAGAUGGCUGGACCAAGUGCAGGUUGGAGUGGCCCAAGGAUCACUACUUCCCGCCAUGCACGCUGAGCUUUGGUGACGGCUGGCAGCCUCCCGCGCUGGCAGAGGGUCUGAACGGCGAGCCACCGGCUGAGGAGUCAGCUGCAGACAGGUACGCCCUCACUAACUCCGCCCACCAGCACACGCAGCUUCUGGACCAGGACCCGGCCGUAGCCGCGCUCCAACAAGCACUCGGCCGCCACGCUGACCGAGGGUUUGGCGCCGACAGCAGGAACCAAAGCAAACUAUUUGCCAAAUCCAAGUACGACUUUGUGGCGAGAAACAACACAGAACUGUCGGUGCUUAAGGACGAGGUUGUUGAGGUCCUGGACGACACGAAGCAGUGGUGGAAGGUGCGGAAUGGCGACGGCUCAGUGGGCUACGUGCCAAACAACAUCGUGGAGGUGACCAAGGCGGUGGACAUGACCGGCCGAGGCGAGCCCGUCUACAAUCACACCAUCCAGCUCAUGAUGCCGAGGAAGGAGUUUGAGAUGUUCAAGCAAUUGCUGGGCGAACUUAACGAGAAGCAGACCACCAAGACAGACCACCUAUCCAGCAAACCUGCUGCCACGCCAAUGCCCUCAGCACCCACGCCUCCGCCACCGGACCUUGCCAUGCUCCCCACGCCGCCGCUGCCGCCCCCGCCUGCCAUCGAGGCUGCCAAGCCCGCCAUUGACAGCACGACAUCCAGUGAGGAUGGCAGCGUGGCUGUGAGGGACCACCGCAACAAAAGUGUCCUCGCCAACCGAAGGAAGUCCAACAUGGAGGAGGUCCAGGACGAGCUCUUGCAUAGACUGACACUCGGCCGCAGCGCUCAGAAGAAACUUCCAGUCCCCUUCCGCCGCGGUGGCAGUGACCUUCCUGCCGUCAGCAUCACGUACGAGUCGUCGCCUGAUGACGUCCGUGGGUGGCUGGAGGCCAAAGGCUUCAGUACAGUCACUAUCACCAGCCUUGGUGUGCUGACAGGGGCGCAGCUCUUCUCCCUCAACAAGGACGAGCUGAAGACCGUGUGUCCUGAUGACGGCGCCCGAGUCUACAGCCAAGUCACCGUGCAGAAAGCGGCACUUGAGGUGUUCUUCUAAGCCUCCUAUGAUCUUCUCCUUGAUCUCAAUAAGAGGAGUUCUGGCUCGGAGCUCCAAGAGAUCAUGAGGAGGCGGCAGGAGCUCCUGGCAGCCAGCACAUGUGAUUCCGGGGUGGAGUCUUUUGACGAAGGCAGCACUCACUGACCUUUACCUGGCGUCUUUUCUUCUCCCCCCCUUCCUUUUUUUAUCUUCUUGACUCUCCUUCCUUCAAACCGCAGCCUACAUUUUCUCGCACUUCCUUUCCAGGCCGAGGCUGACCAUGCCUACUUUGUGGAGAUCAUGCGCCGUCGGCAGGAGCUUCUCAGCUCGUCGCCGUAGGAACAAAACAAGCUUCCUGCUUUCCAGCACGUUCCGGUCUGAUGUGGAUGUUUGAUGAUCAAACGCCAACGUUAGCAUUUGUGUUAGCAUAGAAGUCGUAUUGUUGCUGCUUUAACUGCUGAUGCUAACAGUUUACAUUGUAAUGGGAAGAACACAGCGUGUCUCUGGGACUGCCUUCAAAGGUGACAUGAAAGACAUUUGCAUCUUUAAACUACAUUCAUAUUCACUACUAAGGAGCUGAUUUAAUAUAAAUAUUGAAAUAGAAUUUCUGCACAAUUCGGAUGGUUUUCAUAAACAAACUGCUGCUUUCUGAAGAUUAGGUCGGAGGUCAUCAAGUGAAGGUGCCAGCAGUGUUCCUAAAUGAUAAAUGUAUAUUAUGACUAAAAACAUGCUCAUACAAUGAAUGUACGUUUUCAUGGUGCCUUUUCAAUAGCAACCUGCUCAUUCUGCAAUAAAAAAACAUUUUGUUAAUAGAUACAA